GGCGCAUGGUCCGGUUCGAUAACAGCAAACGGGAACGCUCAUACUUUUUAAAUGGCCGAGUCUACAGUACGCUAAACACACGAUAAUGUUUAACACACUAGCAAAGUACAUGUUUUAGCUUGUGUAGUGGGAGACGGCGAAAUGUACGCGGCGAGUGUCUUGUUCUUCGUGGCAGCGAGCUGUGCAAGUUCUUCUCCCCACGGGGUGUCGGCUGAGCGAUCCUUCACUAUAGACUAUAAAAACAAUUGUUUCCUCAAAGAUGGACAACCCUUUCAGUACAUCUCAGGGAGUAUUCACUACUCCCGAAUCCCACGUUUCUACUGGAAGGAUCGGCUGCUCAAGAUGUACAUGACGGGACUCAACGCCAUCCAAAUAUACGUCCCUUGGAACUUCCACGAAACAGUCGAGGGGAUCCACAACUUCACAGGAGACAGGGAUUUGGAGCAUUUCUUGGAUCUGGCCAAUCAGACGGGCCUUUUGGUGCUCCUGCGCCCAGGCCCGUACAUCUGUGCCGAGUGGGAGAUGGGUGGGUUGCCGGCAUGGUUACUCCAAAGAAACAACAUUGUACUACGCUCAGCUGAUAAAGAUUUUUUACAGGCAGUCACUAACUGGUUUGCUGUCCUCCUCCCCAAAAUGAAGCCCUGGUUGUAUAUUAAUGGCGGAAACAUCAUUAGCAUCCAGGUUGAGAACGAGUAUGGAAGCUACUACGCUUGCGACUACAACUACAUGCGUCACCUCCGGACUCUGCUGCGAUAUUAUCUGGGCAAAGACCCCGUCCUGUUCACCACUGAUGGCAACACGGAUAAGGAAAUGACAUGCGGGACCCUGCAGGGAUUAUACGCCACUGUGGACUUUGGCACAGGCGACAACAUAACUGAAGCCUUCAACAGGCAAAGGCAGUUUGAACCUGUGGGGCCUUUGGUCAAUUCAGAGUAUUACACUGGCUGGUUGGACCACUGGGGAGAUGAGCAUGCCACGGUUGAUACUCAGAAGGUCAGCAAAGAGCUAGCAGAGAUGCUAAGCAUGGGUGCUAACGUCAACAUGUACAUGUUUGAAGGUGGGACCAACUUUGGCUACUGGAAUGGUGCUGACCACGACACCAGAUUCCGUCCCGUGGUGACCAGUUACGACUAUGACGCCCCGCUAUCGGAGGCAGGGGACCCCACAGAGAAGCUGUUGGCCAUCCGAGACGUCAUUAAAAUGUUUAAAGCCAUUCCCCUUGGACCCAUGCCACCUGCUACUCCCAAAUUUGCCUAUGGCUUUGUGAUGCUAAGAAAGGUGGGCAACAUUAGCAGCCUAUUGGACAGACUUUCUGCGGGGCCUGUUCAUUCCAAGUACCCUUUGACUUUUGAGGACCUCAAACAGUUGUAUGGAUACAUUCUGUAUCAGACCGCGUUACCCCGGGACCUCGCCGAGCCCACGCCGCUCAUCUCUCCCACCAAUGGAGUUCAUGACCGGGCGUACGUUUCCGUCAACGGGGUUUUCCAGGGUCUCUUGGAGAGAGACACCGUACUGGUGAUUAACGUCACUGGACGGCAGGGGGACAUCGUGGACAUCCUUGUGGAGAAUAUGGGCAGAGUUAACUUUGGGAGCCAUAUCAAUGACUACAAGGGUCUCCUUGGCAACCUGAUCCUGGGCCAAGAUGUAUUAACCGACUGGAAGAUGUACCCAUUGGACAUUGAUGGAGCCGUUGCUGCUGGAUGGCCUCACAUUGUUGACCUCCCCAACCAAACGAGCAGACCUUCUCUUGGACCGACCUUCUACAUGGGAACAUUGCAGCCCAGUGGUGUAGCGUGGGACACCUUUCUCAAGCUAAAUGAUUGGACAAAGGGUCAGAUUUGGAUCAAUAGUGUAAAUCUGGGGCGAUACUGGCCAGCCAGGGGGCCGCAGCAGACCCUUUAUGUUCCCGGACCCCUGCUUAGCACCACCCUGCCCAACAACAUCACAGUACUGGAGCUGGAGGGGGCGCCGGCACAUUUAAGGGUGCUCUUCAUGGAUCGACCGCUCCUCAAAGCCGCAGCUGAUAAGUAGUGGCACUUGAGUUUGUAACAAUAAUACGCACACCAUGCUUUUUAUAUCCAGCUUGAAAGAUUUUGUUACCUUUAACCCUGUUGUUUUGUAGACUAGGGUCAUAGUGAAAAAGAAAUCUAUCCAAGAAUCAACUCAAAAGAUUACGAUAACCGUUGCAACAUUAUGAGGUGAAAUGGAAAACAGUUGUAUAUGAGGAAAAAAAAUGUAAUCUUACAAGAAUAAAGGAUUUUGUUACCCUAAUCGCAUGAUUGUCUAACUCAUAUUUCACUUACUGUCAAAAAAUAGCAAUUUGCCUGUUAAAAAUUCUUGUUUUUUCUUUCUGUGUCUAUAUUCUCAGUCACCGAGGUCACUUGUUAAAGGUAUGUCUUUUUUUGGGUGGGGGGGGGGGGACUUAACGCUGUUAACAUUAAGUAUUUUUCUUGUAGAACUGCAUUUUUUCUUAGAGUAUGACUUCACCUCAUAAUUGAACUUUUUUUUUUUUUUUCCCCCCUCCCCUCAGUGAGGCUCUAAUGCUGCGUCACGGUUUAGCUCUUGACAGUCCAACAAUGACGGAAUGAAAAUUUUGUUUUACCCCAUGAGGGCAAAAUGUAAUAUUUUAUAAAGAGUAUUUAAGUAUUUUUACAAUACAGAUGAUUUUUAAUUUUGUAAUGUGAUCAAACUUUAGAUAUUUUACAGACCUCAAAAGGACGUAACCAUAUGAGAGGUACCUCCUUUUUAAAGUCUGUUAGCUUUUUCCUGCUAGAGCAUUAGCUUUGCGAUGUGCUUGUACGCAGCGAGGUGUGCAGAAAGAAAAAUCCAGGUACUGGAAUGGGAUUUUGCCCAGCAGAGACUCUCCACACUCCCAGCACCUCCUGGUGACAAACACAAAGGGACAAAACUGACAUUAAAUGGACAUUUUGCGGCACCUUGUGGAUGGAGUCACAAAUGUCUUACUUGACAUUGGAGAGGCUGGCUCCAGUUGCAGCUACUUGCUCUGCUAACCUCUUCUCAGCUGCCAAAGCUCUCUGGUGUUAAAAAAUAAAUAUUUACUAUGUGCUG